UUGUGUUUAUCGUAAUGGGUGUUUUUCUGUUUCCCCUCCUCUUGAAUUAAUUUGGGGUGUGGUGUUGAGCUGUGUUUUUUUUUUUUUUUUUUUUUUUUUUGGCGCAUUUGUGCAUGCUCUGCAUCUACAGGAGGAAGUGACAGUUGAGCUGCUUUGUUCUUGAAAUGUCUUGCAGCACAUGAAGCCGUCACGUGAGGGUCCAGCAGAGAAAAUGGCGGUGAGGCAGAGGAUUUUCAACUCAACUUCGCCAUUUUCGGGAUCUUCCCAAGCUGAGCUGAAAGGAUCACAUAAAUGCAGCUCCGCUUCGGAUCAGGAGGCCGAGGAAGAGGGGGAGGAAGCCAAGGACAGAAAAAUGGACUUCAUGGCUUGUCUUAACCCUUUAAUAAAUAAACUGCUAACUCAUGGAACUGCAGAGCAAGUUGGAGAAAGGCCACUGAAGACCUCAACCUUCAUUGCCCAGGCUGAAUGUGAAACCCAGGACUCCCAAGAGUUUAGCCCAUCCUGUUCUGAACGCUCCUAUGUUCCCACCCCUAAUUGCUUCAUCAGCAGUCUUUCCUCAGAGCACAACAAUGUGGCAAGCCCAACCACAGCCUCUGUCCAGCAGCCAAUCUGUUCAUCAGCACAGCUCAUCCCCAGGAAGAAGACCCGUAAGAGACAGAAACGCAAGGAAAAGAAAAAAGUGGAUAAAACCAAAGAGAAGCAGCAACAUCCAUUGUCCUCUGGGGUGCCUGAACAGGAGAGCGGAAGCUCUCUGGAUCAGUUUCAGGAGUCUUCUCUUGGUGGGAGAAGCGAACUGACUACUUCUUGUUGUAGCAGCAUUGAAAGCCCAAAGGUUCAGGACCGGGGGCCUCCACUCUACGGCAGACAGAUCUACAGCAGAGCUUCCAGCUGCUCUCCUUUGGGCUGGAGGAACCAAGUCUGUGUACCCCUCUUCUGUCCUCAGUCCUAUGAGCAGGACAGUGAUACAGACUCCCUUAGCAAUGUGGGAGACUGUGAGCUGGCUCUAGCCGGUCUGAGGGGCAGCGUCAGUCAAGGGGACCUGUGUUAUGUGGGACCGUUUUUCAAAGCUGUGGAGCAAGAUGCAAGGGAGGAGGAAGAUCAGCCAUCAGCAGCUGAUUCUCUCAGCAAUGAGGGAAUAAUCUUUUACAAUGACAAAAUUAAUCCUGUGGAUUCUGAAUAUAAGGAAGGGGCAGAGUAUGUCCUCUCAGAGUUUAUCAAACCAGGCGCCUAUGGUGAAGUAUACAGUGCUCAAGAUGUCAGCACAUGCUUCAGAUUUGCUGUCAAAAAGAUUCCCCUCAAGAGGUUCAACAGUGAGGAGGUGGGUGCGUGGAGUGCCCUCAGAUCUCCUCGUGUGGUGGAACUCUUUGGAGUGGUCAGAGAGGGACCUACUGUUGUCCUGUUGAUGGACCACAAAUCUGGCUCCUUGGGCCAACUGAUAGCAGAGCGAGGUCGGCUGCCAGAAGACCUGAGUCUCCACUACCACUGGCAAAUUUCAACGGCCCUGGAACAUUUGGUGAAGAAGAAGGUGGUGCAUCUAGAUAUUAAAGCUGACAACGUGUUGCUGUCGGAGGAUGGUAAAGACACCUUCCUGUGCGACUUUGGUCAUGCUGAGAGACUCGACAAUCAUGGACAGAGCCUCAGUCGGUGCAAAGAUCUGAAAGGUUCAGAGACUCACAUGGCACCAGAGAUUGUAAAAGGCGAACCCCGUGGAGCCAAAGCAGAUGUGUGGAGCAGCUGCUGUAUGUUACUGCACAUGCUAAACGGGUGUCAACCGUGGACGCGAUACUACACCUGCAGACUUUACCUGAAGAUUGCGAAUGAGCCGCCGCCUCUGAGAGAAAUCCCAUCCGGUUGCGGCAAGGCCACAGCCGAAGUUAUCAAGGCAGGACUUCAGAAGGAUCCAGUCAAGAGAGCGUCAGCUUUUGAGCUGAAGGAAAAAACAGCCAGAGCUCUCAAAGAGGUGGGAGGAUUCACCAGCCCGGUGAGAGGACCCUACGCAGAGCCUCUCUAUACUGUCAAGAAACCUUUUGAUGCCUUCAAACACGCCAACAGCAAAGGUGGCUACAAAGAUCAAGAACUCAGAGCAUCAGGUGAAGAGAUCACCGCAGGGAAGAAGCUCAAGGAGCUGGUUGAUGGCUAUAGAAAGGAGAGCGAUGGUGCUGAUAAAGAGUCGGAAUCAGGCUCAACUUUCUGUCCACAAGCACCAACCUCUGAAUCAAACCACAAGAUGGGCAACACCGUCAGCACCAUGCCUGAGACAGAGCUACGUAAACUAGAGCGAGACUUCUACCUGAGCAGUCUGUCCCAGCUUCAUUCCCCCGAGAUGCAGGAGCAGCUUCUGUCUUGUCUCAGCAGUGACUGUUGCUCCACUCGGGAACUGUGGGAGAAAAAGGACUCUGGACGCUGGUCCAUGAGCCCAGCAGAGGAAUUAAGUUCCGGCGUCUUCUCCUACAACAGCCAGCCAGAUGGACAGGUCUUCAGUAUGGAUUUGCUGGGACACAUCCAAUUACGGCCACCCUGUUGUUUUGAAGGGGUGGACAUCUGCAUCAGAGACUUCAACAGGAAAAGCAUCCGGAUUCGAGAGAAGCGUCGUGUGAAGGUGGGCCACAUCGCCACUGGAAUCAGUGAUCAGAUCUCUGAGAGGGUUUUCACGUUGGUGACCCCGGAGGGCCACUGUGUUGCUUAUGAUGAGGAGGUUCAGGAGUCUGGGCUGCAGCUCUCCUGUGUUCCUGCUCCAGAUUUCAGCCCUGCAUGGACAUGGAGGAUCAGAGACAGAGUCCUGGAGAUGAGAUAGAUCCUUGAUCUGCCAGUGCCAUCAUUAUACAAAACAAUUCCAAGUCUUUGAGAUUUCAGUGUCUGUGCUUUUUAAUAUUUGCUUAAGAAAUGCCUUUUUAAACAUAUCUGUAUUACCACUUGCUGCUUUUUUAUAUUAGUGUUAAGUUUACUUAUGUUUCCUUUGACAUGUUUACAAGUCAUUAAAUACUGUUAACUCAUA